AUGUCAUCCAUAAGCAAGAGAAAUUUCUUUCCUUUGCCUCCAGGGUUCAGCAAAGCGGGGUAUCCGGAUGGUGGAAUGUUCCGCAAACGCCUCGAAAAGGUGAUUCUCCUUUUGUGUUUGUCAGUAACCACCGCUGUGCUCGUUUACUGGAGGGUCCACAAUCAAGAGCUCUCGACCAUCAUCAUUGAACAGGCAAUCGAAGACCCCUAUUUGAGUCUCCCCUCCAACGUGAAAGAAAACGGGGCGUGGGUGGACCGCCUUCCUCGGGGUGUCGUGGUGUGGAGUCAACCUUUGGCCGGGUCUUUGGGUGUUGGGAAGCUGUUGACGUCUGGUCUGAAGAAUUCUUUGGUCAGCUUCGAGCCCUUCGCCCCCGAGCAGCCCGAUCCACCGCGCGCCCGAGGACAACACCACCUCCACCACCACCGGCUGAGCCUCCUGAACGAUCUUCUUCACUGCCGCUACUUCAGACACAAGGACCUCGUCGACCACCUGUCCAGUCGCUCGAGUUUUCCUGUCACAACAAUUCUUUUUCUGAGGUCACGCUGUGCCUCUGUGCCGGAAAAAUGCCUCAGCAACGGCACUUUCAUCAGCCACAUUUGCCACGAAGCUUCCGUUCACUUCCUGAAGGUAAGGGGGGGGUCCGGCACAGGGAUUGUGAAAAUCGCUUGCAUCCAAGCUAGCUGUUGGAGUUCUGCCCGGUACAACGGCUCAAAAUACUCAAACCCAACGUUCCGAACCCCAACAUGA